AUUUGGGACUGGAGGUGAUCGUGUAUAUUGGUAGGAUCUUGGAAUUCAAAUAAAGGACAAUGAUGGAAACUGUGCAGCAAGUUACUCCGAGCUAUGCUGCUCCUCUGCCUGAGUGGCUUUCAGCUGAGCACGACAUGGGAACCACCCUGGUGGCCGCCGAGUUUCCGGGCGGAGUGGUGAUUGGCGCCGACUCGCGGACAUCCACCGGCACGUACGUGGCCAACCGUGUGUCCAACAAGAUCACGCGUAUCACCGACUCGGUGUACUGUUGCCGCUCGGGCUCCGCGGCCGACACCCAGGCACUGGCCGACAUCGUCAGCUACCGGAUGGCCAUGCACGAGAUCGAGAUGGGCCGGCCGGCGGCCGUCCGUACCGUGGCCAACACGUUCCGCGAGAUGUGCUACCAGUACAGGGAUGACCUGAUGGCGGGCAUUCUGUGUGCCGGGUACGACCGGACCCACGGCGGACAGAUCUACUCGCUACCGAUCGGCGGUAUGAUGGUACGACAGAAGGUUGCCUCGGGCGGCAGCGGCUCCACCUACAUCUACGGCUACCUCGACAGCAACUACAAGCCCGACUUCACCGCCGAACAGUGUGUCGACUUCAUUAGGAAAGGCGUGUCCCUGGCCAUCCACCGUGACGGCUCCUCGGGCGGCGUCUGCCGAGUGGCCAUCAUCACUGCCAACGGCGUGGAGCGACGCACCUUCACCGGCGACCAGCUGUUUGUGCCGCAGUGAGCGGCGGGCAGUGACGCACCGGCGGCGCACAGUAGCGCACCGGUGGCGUACAGUGACGUGCCGGCGGCGUACAGUGACGCACUGACGGCGAUCAGCGGCACACCGGCGGCGGUCAGCUGUUGAGCCCGGGCACUGAAUAGAGGGCGCCAACUGCGGUUUUUCCAUCAGCCCGACGUGCGUGCGCCGAAAUGUGGGGGUCCUCCAGAUAUGGGAUUUGAUCAACACGUGAUGCUGCGUUUCACUCUGUAUGUUCUCUCUGUUGGUAACAAACAAUAAAUACGCGACAC